ACCACCAGGCUGAAAAGAGCAGCUCUUGUCUGAGUGACUCUGCAAGAUAUUCAAGUACCACAAAAAUCUCCUCCUAUUCAUCCUACCGCUCUAUUGAUUUCAGCAGCAGCACAAUGGGGACCUUGAGCUCCAAGGCUUGGUACAAAAGAGACGCCCGGGUGGUGAUGCUGGGACUGGAUUUUGCUGGCAAAUCCACCAUCUUGUCUAAAUUGAAGAGCAACGAGGUUGUGGAGACUUUCCCGACAGUGGGCUUCAAUGUGGAGUCUCUGAAAACCCCGUGUCAUCUACCCGUGACUCUCUGGGAUGUGGGUGGUCAAGCCAAACUCCGCACUAGCUGGAAGGACUAUCUGGAAGACACGGACACUCUCAUCUUUGUGCUGGACAGUGCCGACAAAACCCGGCUGCCAGAGGCAAUGGCUGAACUGGAGAAAGUUCUGAACAACGUAAACAUGACAGGGGUUCCAGUCUUGCUUCUGGCCAACAAGCAGGAGCUGCCAAGGUCCCUGUCUCUCUCAGAGCUGCGGGAGAUGCUGAAUCUCGAAUGGUUCAGUGGCCGAAGCUGGGAGCUGAGAGGGUGCAGUGCUCACACUGGCGAGGGGCUGAGGGAAGCCUUAAUGGCCCUGGCAGGACUUCUUAAGAGCCGGGAUAAGAAUUCCAGUGAAUGUGUCUAUGCGCCACUCCAGUGAUGAGGAUGUCUUUAAUCUCAGACGUGACUGGAGGGGGCAACUUGAGCAUGAAACUGGAAAAUCAGGUAACUUCUUCCACUAGUAAUCCCUCAGUACUCUGUUCAUCUCAGAAAUACCCCCUCUGCUCCUGGUAUGAUUAAUGGAACUCCAUAUGGCAUGUGUAAUAUUCCAAAAUAUCCCAUAGUUCUACUGCAGCAUGAAAUCACAUCAGAAACCCCCCUUAGCAAAGCUGCAUUUGUGGACAGCAAUGUUCUUGACCUUGCCUUGCCAGUUUUUCCUAAUCUGCUGCACCAGUAAACUCAGCUCUCACUACAGGUAUUACUUGGGGGACAUUUAUUAUUUUGUUCAUGUUAAACGUCUUACUCUAUGCGUUCUGGAUAUGGGUUUUGACCUGAUGAAGAAGAUAUUGCUGGGGUCAGUCUUUAUUGUAUUCCUCUAAACUCAGAUGCACUCAGUGCAGAGUAACAGUCCCCGAGGGGAUAUAUUUGAAUGACCUCAGUUCCACUUCUCUUACAACUUAUAGCACAUGUUUAUUGAUCUGAAACAGAGCAGAAUGGAAGGAGAAUGGCUGAACAGAAGAAAUUAAGCACAAGAAUUUAAACAACUCAUUGGCAAUUGGUUUUAGCAGUGUCCUUUGUGAGCACCAUGCUGGGCCACUGAAGCGUGAUCAGGAUUAGGUUGUGUGUUAUGUUUUUAGAACGUAUGUGUGGAUUUGUGCGUAUCCUGUUGUGUAUCAUUUUUGACAUGUAUUUAGACAUGCUUCAUUUUUAU